ACAGACACUCCAUAUUUAACAAAACAAGACACAUUAAUGAUUUUGUGUUUGAGAAAAAAACUUACUUUCUUUCCACAAUUUACAGUUUCUGAGUUUUAACUAGGCUACAGUACAUUCAUUUAGGUACAUUUUUAAGGGGUUUUCAGUAUGUAAAAAUAUCACAGCUAUUCUUAGCAAUGCACAGGUGGGACAAAACUAAUUCUUACCAAUUUCAUUCAUGAGACUGUUACAACCAUAUUCUGUACACAAGACAUUGUUUCGUGACAGAUGUAGCCCACACACUCAAUGAAAAGGGGAAGACCACGAUUUGCUGACAUGUGCUUCAGACAAAGUUAAUAAAAACCUGGUUUAGCAUUUCAGACAUCUCAGCGAGUAAUGUGUGAACACAACUCAUGUCUCGGUAAUUAUAUUAUUUGGCUGUAUUUCAAAAAUAUUGUAGGAAAACUAGUGUGGUGCGAUCAUGUCAUGUUUAACGGAUUUUGUUCUUGUGGUUUAUUGCUGUGAGAAACAAUUGUGAACAGAGGUAACAAACUCUCUGUGGACCUUUUUGCAGCAAAAGAAGGCUACUACAGUCGUACAGUAUGUAGGCAGGUUAUUACUUAUUAACUUCAUCUGUGCGCAGUUUGUGAUGAAAUACCAGUUUCACUCCAGGAGAAAUGAAACUUUGAAAUCAUCAGAAAAAGUUUCACUAUGAGUGCCAACUGCACAUUCAGUGACGUGGAUAAUGUGACGAUGGUCCUGGACUUUGUGAUUUACGUUCCCGUCUUGGUGUUCGGACUGGCACUAAACAUCACGGCUUUGGUUGUGUUCUGUGUUCUGCUCAGAAAAUGGACAGAGUCCACCAUUUACAUGACCAACCUGGCUCUGAUGGAUCUGCUGCUGCUACUGCCGCUACCUUUCAAGAUGCAUGCAGCAAUGCACACGUGGGCGUCCAACACAAAGUUCUUCUGCUCCUUCUUAGAGAGUCUUUACUUUGUGGGUAUGUACGGCAGCAUCUAUACAAUUGCCUGCAUAGCUGUGGACCGGUACAUCGCCAUAAAAUACCCAUUUCGGGCCAAGCAGUUGCGUUCGAAAAAAGUCGCCCUGAUUGUCUGCGGCUUCAUCUGGGUGUUUGUUAUGGGAGCGACUUCACCCAUCUACACCUUCCGUGAUGAGAACAAUGAUGAUUUCCGCUGUUUCCACGGUUUCUCUAAGAAGGGUUGGACCACUGGAGUUAUUGUUUGCUUGGAGAUUUUUGGUUUCUUGUUGCCUGCUACUGUACUGGUGGUAUGUUCUACUCAGAGCAUCCGCACGCUCAAGGCCACGGAAAGCAAAAACUCUAAAAGACAAGCAGGGGUUAGAAUAAUUUACAGCAGCCUAGCGGCCUUCCUGAUACCCUUUACUCCUUGUCACGCGGCCAUAUUCCUGCAAUACCUUGUCCGUAAUGACUUCAUUUCGGACUGCAGCCAGCAAAAGAAUAUUGCCGUUUUUAUACAGGUGUCAAUGAGUCUUGCCAACGUGACCAUCUGCUUGGAUGCGCUUUGCUACUAUUUUAUUGCCAAGGAAGUCCGAUCCACCACAGACACGGUUCUCAGCAGAGUGAGAUCCAUAAGCACCUCGGAAGUUUGACGUGUGAGGUUACCGAAACUUUCACAAUGCGUGUUGACGGUAAAUGGGACAACUGAAAAACAUUAUGGACUUACAUGACAACUAUAUAAAGGAAAAUAAAGGUUAUUUAGUCAGAACUGACCGUCGUUUUGAAGAAUUAUAGUUUCACAUGGCAUUUUGGCAACAUGUGAGACAUGUUUCCAUGCGUUGCAUGUCAGAAACAUGCAUAUUACUGUCGGACGGAAACCUCAUAUCUCCAAAAUCGCAACUUUUUAGAAAAUUUAAAAACAUUUAUUUGUUUAAUAUUUUACAUUUUACAAACAUGAAGGUUGACCAACAGUAGGCUUAUGAUUUAUGAAAAAGAACGUGCCUGACAGUUUCGUUUUUCUCCCUUUAUUUUUACAUUUCUGCCCAUAUUAUAAAAUUACAAAAAAAUGUAAAGAUACUUUUUAAAAAUGUUGCAGCACUGUAGAAAAGGGGUUCAAAGGAAUUGGCUUUAUACUGAACAUCACAUGCAGAAACAGGAAAACAAAGCUUGCUGUUUUAAUCAAAAUGCCUUCAAAUGAGAUACCAAAUCUAAGCAUACCCAAUCACAUAUUGAUAUUUAAUUAUUUCCUUCUCAAUAUUCAACAAUUAACAUAGAAUAAAAUCCCCAGAAUAAAAACAACUAGCUACUGGCUGAGUAACAUUUUCUCAUAAAACGGAUGUAAUAACAACAGGUUUCCAGGCUGGUCGUGUGAUGUUCGACAUAUCGACGCCCAGAAGAUUGAUUCCCGACAGCGCCAGUGUGCAAUGAUUGACAGGAGGGUUUCUGAUUGGCUAAAACAGGCCACCCCAUUUAUAUAUUUUUAUUUUGGCUUUCACAAAGACAGGUCUAAUUUAGCAGGACUCUUAUUUCAGUCUGUUUAGUAAAAGAGACUUUUGUUUAAAAUAAUAAUGAUAAUUUAACAAUUCUAUCUUAUUAAGAUUCAUCUGAAUUAUUCGUUCACAUCAGAGAAUCUAUAUCGUCUUUGUCACAGUUCACUGUCAACACGAGAAACCUGAGGUGCUCGCGCUCACACGCGAUGAUGGUCUGACAAACCAAACCCGAAACCUUCACAAUGACUCAUAAACAUUGAUGCAACAUUGAAUUAUUUACCACUUCCAUUAUUUGAAUAUUAAUUACACUUAUCAAUCUUGAUCUUCAUUCUGCAUUCUAAAAGGGUUUACCAAAAGAUUUGAAUAACGAGGAAAAAUCUAUUUUCUGUUUACAUGGAAGUGUGAAAUGUAAAUCGGAUUCCCCUGUGUAUGCACGUGUGUGGGGGGAUGGAUUGCCACACGUUAUGAGCACUCUGUGGGUACACUGCCAUGUGCCACUAGUUUCACUUAGUCAUUUGGCGAGUUUCUUUACCCAUCUAUGAUUCAAUUUUGUUCUGUUUAUGUGAUAAAGUAUGCCAGACGAAAGCAUACUUGCAUGUCUAUACGGGCACAACAUCACAUUUUUACUGAUACACAAAUACGUUAUAUACCAAGGGGCGUAGGAGAGGUAUGGUCACUGCAAAUUUAAUUUUAAUAAAAUAAAGGUAUUGAGUUACAUUACAAAAUGUUUUUUCAACCAACAAAAUAACAUAAUGUUUUAAAAUCAAACACACACACGCAUACACAAUCCAAAAUAGGUAAACUGUGGUCGACGAACGCUACAAUAUAAACAGAUUAACUCCGACCAAUGAAAGUACAGUUUACUUACACGUGACAACCACAAAACACAUUCUUGCAAACACAUCUGAAACGCUUCUUUUAAAAAGCGAACCCGAAUCAUCAUGAUGAAGAAGUGAACAACAUUGUAACUAUUUUAGUAUCAGCUAUGUAGCGCUGCUGCAAUUCACCUAGUAGUGAUGGGUCGUUCAUGAACGAUUCGUUCUUUUUGAACGAAUCUUUAAAAUGACUCGGGAGUGACGAGUGUCUCAGCGAGUGAUUCCUUCAUUUUGUGUUGACCGCGCAUGUGCAACAUUGUACCAGAAACAGUAAUGAAGUUCGUCUCUCGAGUCAUCGGGUCCGAGCCCUUUUGUUCUUUUGUCAAAUGGUAGCUCCGCAGGCAAACCUGCAGCCUGUACCGGAGUCUUCGAGUCCGAGUCUUUAACGUGAUUUACGUGACCACUUCCCGGAUUAUCAGUCAAAUGCAUGAUGUACGUGUUAUAUGUUGUAUUAUAGGAAGAAAUACUAUAAAAUGAUCAAAAGAUAUGUGCAAUAAACAUCUCUAAAACGUACCGUUCUGUUCUUUUUUCUGUCAGUAUAUUCAUAAAUGUUUCUUGUGGAUUUCUGCAUGUGUUUUUAAUUUAUCUUAAUAACUAACUAUUUUGCAUAAGAACUGUGCUGGCAUUAAGCAACACUAGUAAAGUCAGUGUUUAUGUCUAAUGCAUAUAUUACACAAGUGAUC